CUCUGGCACACAGCUGCAGUCAUUGAGGAAUAGGAAGGCGAGGAGAGGCGUCUCCUCAGUGCCUCUCUAUCCACAAAAUGCAGAACAUUUAUCAGUUGAUCAUGGCACAAAGAACUUCGCUUGCAGUUUUCCUAACUUUGAUGCUCAUCGGAUACACUCAGGCUCAGCAGAGAGGAUUGUUUCCUGCUGUUCUCAAUCUUGCUUCUAACGCCAUAAUAACAGCCAAUGCCACAUGUGGUGAAAAUGGACCUGAAAUGUUUUGCAAGUUGGUAGAACAUGUUCAUGGGCAGCCAGUCAGACAUUCCCAGUGCCGUACCUGUGACCAGAAUUCCCCUGAUAAAAACUUACACUAUCCAAUAGCUCAUGCUAUCAACGGCAAAAGGACUUGGUGGCAAAGUCCAAGCAUUAAAAAUGGAGUGCAAUACCAUUAUGUGACAAUUACGUUAGAUCUUCAACAGGUUUUCCAGAUUGCUUAUGUUAUCAUUAAAGCUGCCAACUCCCCACGGCCUGGAAACUGGAUUUUAGAAAGAUCUCUUGACGGGAUUUCUUAUAAACCAUGGCAGUACCACGCCAUCACUAACAGCGAGUGUUUGACCCGGUAUAAUAUUAUUCCCCGACCUGGCAUACCCUUAUACACGAAGGACGAUGAAGUUAUCUGUACAUCUCAUUAUUCAAAGAUUCACCCACUUGAAAAUGGAGAGAUUCACACCUCCCUCAUAAAUGGGAGACCAAGUGCUGAAGAUCCCAGUCCGACGCUCUUAGAAUUUACAUCUGCUCGCUUCAUACGACUGAGACUGCAAAAGAUCCGUACCCUAAAUGCUGAUUUAAUGAUGUUAGCCUAUAGUGAUCCACAAGAUUUAGAUCCAAUUGUUACAAGACGGUACUUUUACUCUAUAAAAGAUAUUUCUGUGGGCGGAAUGUGCAUCUGCUAUGGUCAUGCAAGGUCUUGUCCGUGGGAUCCAAAGACUAAUAAAUCAUCCUGUGAAUGUGAGCACAAUACAUGUGGUCACAGCUGUGACAGAUGCUGUCCUGGAUUCCACCAGAAACCUUGGCGUGCUGGGACCUUUCUCACAAAGCAUGAAUGUGAACCAUGUAACUGUCACGGAAAGACGGGUGAAUGCUAUUACGAUCAAGAAGUGGCUGACCAGAAUCUGAGUUUGAAUAUUAAUGGUGACUAUAUCGGAGGAGGAGUUUGUGUCAACUGUACUGAGAACACUGCUGGAAUAAAUUGUGAAUCUUGUAUAGAUCGUUUUUAUAGACCACAAUGGCUGUCUCCAAGUCAUCCUAACCCUUGCCGGCCAUGUAAUUGUGAUCCAAUAGGCUCAUUACAGGAUUUAUGUGUCAAGGAUAAAAAAGAAGCUACCGAAGACUUGCUUCCUGGAUCCUGUUAUUGCAAACCUGGAUACGCAGGAGAAAAAUGUAAUCAGUGUGAUCUGGGAUACAAAGGAUAUCCAAAUUGUGUAAAAUGUAACUGCAGCGUUCCAGGCAGCAUAAAUGAAGAUCCUUGUGUUGAUCCAUGUAUUUGUAAGGAAAAUGUGGCAGGAAAUAACUGUGAUGUAUGUAAGCACAGUUACUUUAACCUUAAGCGUGACAAUCCAAGAGGAUGUGAUCAGUGCUUUUGUUCUGGAGUUUCAAAUAUCUGCAUUGAUUCUCGUCUUUCAUAUGCUAAGAUCACCGAUAUGAAUGGAUGGUACCUUACAGAAUUAGAUGGUAACAUCAAAGUUGCACCUACAAAGGAUAAAUAUGAUGGCCCACAGCAACUAAGUGUUAAAAGAGGUGAUGCCCGAUCCCAAGGGCUACUGGAUGUAAUUUACUGGUCGGCACCUGCAUCAUACUUGCACAGCAAAGUUGCUGCAGUGGGAGGACAUUUAACAUAUACAAUCUCCUAUGACACAUCUGUAAAAGACGAGGCUGAGGAGUUCACAGAUCAUUCAAGCAUCAUUAUUGAGGGUAAUGGAAUAUGGAUUAGUACCUCACAAUAUGAAGCUGACUUGCACCCCUUCGAAGAACGCACAGUAAAUGUAGUACUGCAUCCAGAAUACUUCAAAAUGCACUCAACAGGUUAUCAAGUCAGCAGAGAGGACUUCAUGACAGUCAUGGCAAAUGUUAAAAGACUUCUUAUCAGAGCAACAUAUAGUAACCAACCAGAUGCAAUCUAUAGAUUGAGCUCUGUUAACCUUGAAGUAGCUGAGGAAUCCUCAUCUAGUGGACGCACAGCUUAUGAUGUAGAGAUAUGUCAGUGCCCUCCUGGAUACAGUGGAACUUCUUGUGAAGUCUGUUUGGCAGCGCACAGGCGAGUUAAUGGCACCCUGUUUGGAGGGAAGUGUGAGCCUUGUCGAUGUUUUGGUCACUCGGACUCAUGUGAUGAUAUUACGGGAUUCUGUAAAAACUGCAAGCAUAAUACCUAUGGACGAUAUUGUGACUACUGUCUACCAGGCUUUUAUGGGAAUCCAACCGAUGGAACAGAUGAGGACUGCCUGCCAUGUGCCUGUCCAAUGAGCAUAGCUUCUAACAAUUUUAGUCCAACAUGCCACCUGGACCCAACCCGUGGAUUAGUUUGUGACGCCUGUCCACCUGGAUACACAGGGCUGCGCUGUGAACGGUGUGCUAAUGGGUAUUUUGGCCAACCUUCACUACCGGGAGGAUCCUGCCAACCAUGCCAAUGCAAUGACAACCUCGACCUUUCAGCCCCAGGCUGUUGUGACAGUGAAACGGGCGAAUGCCGUAUAUGUAAGCCAGGUGUGACUGGAGAAUAUUGUAAUACAUGUUCAGAAGGAUAUUUUGGAAAUGCACUUGGGCCAAGUAGCUGUCAAUCAUGCAACUGUAACAUCAAUGGAUCUAUAUCCACGGUUUGCAAUCUUCAGACAGGACAAUGUGAGUGCAGAAGUAAUGUGAAGGGUCGCCAGUGUGAUGAGUGCAUGCCACAGACAUAUGGUCCUGUAUCUGCACAAGGAUGUCUAGCCUGUAACUGCAAUUCUUUUGGAUCCAAGUCAUUUGACUGUGAUGAUAAAGGUCAAUGUCAUUGUCAGCCAGGAGUAGCCGGAGAUAAAUGUGAUCGAUGUGCUCAUGGAUUCUUUGACUUCCAAGAAGGCGGCUGUACCCCUUGUGAUUGCCCUCAUGUUGGGAAUAAUUGCGAGGCAGAAACUGGUCAGUGUGUUUGUCCUCCCAACACCGUUGGAGAGCAGUGUGACAAGUGUGCACCAAAUCACUGGGGAUACAGCAUUAUCACCGGAUGCAAGGCUUGUGACUGUGGUGGUCCAGGAUCUCUGAGCACACAAUGUAAUGCAGAUACAGGUUGCUGUUUCUGCCGUCCAAAUUUCUCAGGAGACAAGUGCACUAGUUGUAGAGUAGGAUACCGCAAUUAUCCCCAUUGUAUUAGCUGUGAUUGCACUUUAGCUGGAAGUAAACCUGAGAGCUGUGAUCAUGAAACCGAAAAAUGUUCUUGUGCUGAAGAGACAGGACAGUGCAGCUGUAAGACAAACGUGGAAGGAGUCCACUGUGACAGAUGCAAACCCAGCACUUUUGGACUUCACAUAGGGAAUCCACUUGGUUGUAGCAGCUGUUACUGCUUUGGCCUGACUACCCAGUGUGCAGAAGCAGAUGGACUGAUCCGAAUGUGGCAAUCUUUAAAGCCCGAUCAGAUGGUAUUAGAAUUGACAGACUUCACCCUGCAGCACCAGACUACCAAAGGGGUAUUUUUCCAGCAUCCAGAGAUCAUUGCUCUUAUUGAUCAAGUGAAACAAGACCUCCAUUCUGAACCCUUUUAUUGGAAACUACCAGAACAAUUUGAAGGUAGAAAGCUUACAGCUUAUGGAGGAAAGCUUAAGUAUACAAUAUACUUUGAAGCCAGAGAAGAAACUGGACCAUCAGCCUAUGAGCCCCAAGUUGUUAUUAGGGGUGGACCUGCCUCAAACCAUAGAAUCAUUGUCCGAAAUGUGCCAGAUCCUCAAAAUGGCCAGCUGACUAGGCAUGACAUUGAGAUGACAGAGUUUGAAUGGAAACAUAUUGAUGGAGGAUCUGUGAGUCGAGAAGACUUCAUGGAUGUUCUGUUUGACAUUCAAUACAUUCUAAUUAAGGCAUCCUAUGGGAGAGUAUUGCGACAAACCAGAAUUUCUGAAGUAUUUCUGGAAGUAGCAGAAGAAGGCACAUCUUUCACUAUGAGUCCAAAAGCCAGUCGGAUUGAGAAAUGUGAAUGCCCAGUAGGAUAUUCAGGGCUUUCAUGUGAGUCAUGUUCUCCUGGAUUCUACAGAAUGGCUCCUGCAUCCCCAGGUAGGAGGCCUGGCCCUACUCUUGGGACUUGUGUGCCCUGUCAGUGCAAUGGGCACAGUGAUAUGUGUGAUCCACAGACUUCUGUUUGUCAGGCCUGUAAACAUAACACCACUGGAGACCAUUGUGAGUGGUGUGCACCAGGAUUCUAUGGAACAGUCAGAGGCUUCCCAGAUGACUGCCGUCCAUGUGCUUGUCCUCUCCACAUAGCAAGCAACAAUUUCAGCCCUACAUGCAUCAUGCAAGGAACUAAUGAUUACAGAUGUACAGCUUGUCCUCAGGGAUAUGAAGGCCAGUACUGUGAAAGGUGUGCAUCAGGUUAUACUGGUAAUCCCAGUAUUCCAGGAGGCUCCUGUCAGGAAUGUGAGUGUAACCCUUAUGGAUCAUUGUCCAUGAUCUGUCAUCCAAGCACUGGCCAAUGCACGUGUAAACCAGAAGCUACAGGCCUGAAAUGUGGUGGCUGCACUGACCGGCAUGUACGGGAGGGUUCACUGUGUGCAUUUUGCGAUGAUGAAUGUACAGGCCUCCUUCUUGAUGACUUGGAUCAGCUGAACCAGAUGGUCAUGAGCGUCAAUCUUUCUGGCCCACUGCCUCCACCAUACAGAAUGCUGUUUAGCAUUGAAAAUGAGACUCAAGAAUUAAAGCAUUUACUGUCACCUCAACGAGCUCCUGAAAGACUGCUCCAGCUGGCACAAAACAACCAAGAUACUCUUGUCAUUGAGAUAGAUGAGCUACUGAACAGGGCAGCAAAAGUAUCUGCAGAUGGGGAACAGACUGGAAAGGAUGCUGAAAGGACAAAUGAAAGGGCAAAACAACUGAAGAAUUUUGUAAAGGACAUCCUACAGACAUCAAAAGACAUAUAUGACAAAGCUGUAAAGCUGAAUGAAACACUAGGUAUACAAAACAAAACAUUGGAGAAAAGUCUUCAAGAGCUACAGAAGGAUGUUGACAAGAUGAUGGCUGAGCUCAGGAGAAGAAUGUUCAAGAACCAGGAAAAAGCAGCUGCAGAUGAGCUAAAGGCAGCAGAAGGUCUUCUCAAUAGAGUAAAGAAGCUAUUUCAAGAUCCUCAUAACAAAACUAAUGACUUAAAUCUUGAGGUGAAGGACAAGUUAAGGCACUUCCAAGACAAACUGGAGGAUGUCUUAGACAUGCUCCGAGAAGCCCGAGGGAAAAUAAGAGAAUCCAACCAUCUCUCAGCUAUCAAUAAACACAAUAUGACUGCUCUGGAGGGACAUAAGCAAGCCGUUGAAAAAGGCAAGAAAGAGACUGAGAACACACUAAACGAGUCAGAUGACAUCAUGACAGAAGUCAACAACUUAGCACAAAAUAUUAAUGAAGCUGAAAAUGAAUUGAUGGAUAUAAACAAAGAACUACCACAACUGACUGAAAGAUUAAAUGUCAAAAUAAACAAUCUCACUGAUGAGAUCCAAACCAGGGAUCUUCCAGAGCAAGUACUCCAGGCAGAAUUACAUGCAGCCCAGCUAACAGAGUCCUCUAGAAUGCUUGAUGGAAUCCUUGCUGAAGCUAAAAACCUUUCACUUAAUGCUACAGCAGCUUUCAAUGCAUACAGCAAUAUCAAGAAGUUGAUUGAUAAUGCAGAUGAUGCUGCAAAAGAGGCCAAAGCCAAGGCUAAUGAAGCAGUAGAACUGGUUACUGGUCCCCAGGGACCCCUUAAAGACAAAGCUAAAAGUUUCAUUCAAAAAAGCUUCCGAGUUCAUACGGAUGCUAAAACACAGAGUCUUGAUUUAAAAGAAAAGGAGAAUGAACUUGCUGCAAUGAAGGACAAGCUGCAAAAUGCAGAUGAGAAAAAUGUAAACUUGGUCAGAGCUCUCAAUGACACACUUGGAAAGCUAUCUGCAAUACCUAAUGAUACAAUAGUGAAGAUUCAGACUGCAAAAGACAAAGUCAAGCAAGCAAAUGAUACUGCCAACGAUGUUCUUGCACGUAUCAAAGAUCUUAAUCUGAAUCUCCUGGGGUUGAAGCAGAACUACAGUGCACUGAAGGAAGACGUUGCUAAAACCAAUGCUGUUGUAAAAGUCGACAAUGUUACAGAUGCUGGCGAAAGAGUAAAGCUGCUCGAAAAAGAGGCUGAUCGUUUAUUGGAUAAACUAAAACCUAUUAAGGAGCUUCAGGAUAACCUGGGCAAAAAUAUCUCUCAGAUCAAGGAGCUGAUAAAUCAAGCACGCAAACAAGCUAAUUCUAUCAAAGUUUCGGUGUCAUCUGGAGGGGACUGCAUUCGUACUUAUAAACCUGACAUUAAGAAAGGCAGAUAUAACACCAUCAUUUUAAAUGUAAAAACAAGUACUCCUGACAAUCUUCUGUUCUAUCUCGGGAGCAACAAAUUUACUGACUUCCUAGCAAUUGAAAUGAGGAAAGGCAAGGUGAACUUCUUAUGGGAUGUAGGAUCAGGAGUUGGCCGAGUUGAAUAUCCUAACUUAGACAUCAAUGAUGAUUCUUGGUAUAGAGUUGAAGCUUCACGGUCAGGAAUCAAUGGAACAAUUUCAGUGCAGGCAUUUGAUGGUCCUAAAGCAAGUAUUGUGCCCAGUAUAUACAGCUCUACUUCACAGCCUGGUUAUACUAUUCUGGAUGUUGAUGGACAUGAACUAUUUGUUGGUGGCUUGACUGGAAAAAUAAAGAAGGCUGAUGCUGUUAAAGUAACAACAUUUACCGGCUGCAUGGGAGAAACGUUUUUCGAUGGCAAGCCAAUUGGAUUGUGGAAUUACAGAGACAGAGAAGGUGACUGCAAAGGAUGCAGUGUAAGCCCACAGGUGGCUGAUAGUGAAGGAACUGUCCAAUUUGAUGGAGAUGGAUAUGCACUUGUCAACCGCCCUGUUCGCUGGAACCCUAAUAUUUCCACUAUCAUGUUCAAAUUUAAAACAUUUUCCUCAAGCGCCUUGCUAAUGUACCUGGCAACAAGUGACUUGAAAGAUUUCAUGAGUGUCGAGCUGAGUGAUGGGCGUAUAAAAGUUAGCUAUGAUCUGGGAUCGGGGACGGCCUAUGCAGUUAGCAACAAGAAUUAUAAUGAUGGAAAAUGGAAAUCUUUCACCCUGUCUAGAAUACAGAAACAAGCCAAUUUCUCAAUUGUGGACAUGGAUACAAAUGAAGAGGAAAUAGUAGCCACUACAUCAACAGGAAGUAACUUUGGCCUUAAUCUAAAAUCUGAUGAGAAGAUCUACUUUGGUGGACUACCUGGACUGAGCAGCCUAAGCCCCAGUGUAAAAGCAAGGCCUGAAGUUAAUUUAAAGAAGUAUGCUGGCUGUCUGAAGGAUAUUGAAGUCUCCCGAACACCAUACAACUUACUGAGCAGUUCUGAUUACAUAGGAUUAACCAAAGGUUGUGCCCUUGAGAAAGUGCUAUCAGUCAGUUUUUCAAAACCUGGUUAUAUAGAAGUGCCACCAGUAUCAAUGGAUGUCGGGACAGAAAUUACACUAUCAUUCAGCACCAAAAAUGAGUCUGGAAUGAUAUUAUUUGGCAAUGGAGGAUCUCUUAUUUCACCAAGAAGAAAGCGUAGACAAAGUGGACAGGCUUUUUAUGCAGUUCUGUUAAGAAAAGGCAAGUUGGAAGUUGCUGUUUCAGGAUCUAAAGAACCACAUCAAAUAAUCAUUAGACCCGAAAAAAAGAAAUUUCAUGAUGGCAAAGAACAUUCCAUUCGAAUAGAAAGAUCAAGAAACAUACUAACAGCACAAGUCGAUGAGGAUAGAAACCAGACACUGAAAUUACCAGCUAGCUAUUCCAUAAGUGUGAAAAAGCUCUUUGUAGGUGGAAUCCCAUCUGAUGUACAAUUUCCCCACUACAAGAGCAUACCGCCAUUUGAAGGAUGCAUUUGGGACCUAUUAAUCAAUGCAGUACCAACAGACUUUGCACAACCUGUAUCGUUUGAGAAUGCAGAUAUUGGACAGUGCCUUACACAGGAAGAAGAUGGAGGCAUAGACCAAGAUGGAUCUCAAGAAUCAGCCACCAAACCACCACAGGUCAUCCCAGGUCCUAUCUCAUCAACUGAGCCUGACACCACUGAAGUGAAGAGUGCCAAUAUCACAGAUGAGCUUGAUUCUACAACGGGUUGUGCGGCCAACAUAAGACCAGAAGUUAUACAAGGAGGAAAGCAGUUUGGCCUCUCCAAAAACAGCCACAUGGCAUUUGCAUUUGAUGAUACCAAAGUGAAAAACACCCUAUCAAUAGAACUUGAGCUUCGCACUAAGGCAGAUUCAGGCUUGAUCUUCUACAUGGCUCGAAUCAACCAUGCUGAUUUUGCCACAAUUCAGAUUAAAGAAGGAAUGGCACACUUUAGAUAUGACCUGGGAAGUGGAGACACUACCACAAUGGUGCCUCAAAGAGUGAAUGAUGGAGAAUGGCAUAAGAUAAACAUAUUCAGAACAAAGCAGACAGGAUAUCUAUUUGUCGAUGGAAUUGCAAACAGUACAAACAGUCCAAAGAAAGCAGACAUUCUGGAUGUGGUGGGCAUGCUGUACGUUGGCGGAUUGCCUGUUAAUUAUACUACCAAAAGAAUUGGACCGGUUCUCCAUAGUAUUGAUGGCUGCAUCCGGAAUUUUAGAAUGGUAGAAGGAAAUACAGACUUUAAUAAACCUACCUCUAGCUUUAACGUUGGUUCAUGUUUUGCAAAUCCUCAGAAAGGAACAUAUUUUGACGGAUCAGGAUUUGCAAAGACAGUGGGAGCUUUUAAAGUAGGUACAGAUCUGUUAAUAGAAUUAGAAUUCCGAACAACCAAGACUAAUGGUGUUCUUAUCGGUAUCAGUGGCAAAAAGAUGGAUGGACUGGGCAUUGAAAUGGUGGAUGGUAAACUUCUUUUCCAUGCUGAUAACGGAGCCGGACGUUUCACUGCAGUUUAUGAACCUGAGGUGCCAGGUAGCUUGUGUGAUGGACAGUGGCACAAAGUGACAGCAAAUAAAAUAAAGCACCGUUUAGAGAUGAUUGUUGAUAACAAAAAAGUAGAAGCCUCAAGUCCAAAUGCUGCAUCCACAUCAACGGACACCAAUGAUCCAGUUUUUGUAGGAGGAUAUCCCGAAGACGUGAAGCAGUUUGGCCUGACCACUCAAGUGAGCUUUAAAGGGUGCAUCAGAGAUCUGAAACUUGCUAAGGGCACUGCCAGGCCACAGGAAAUAAAUUUCAGCAAGUCGCUGGAAAUAAAGGGAGUGCAGCCAUUAUCAUGCCCAUGAUCUCAGUGCUGCCACAGAGACCAAUAACUGCAACAGUUCCAUGUUAUGAUGUGUGUCAAUAAGCAUGAUAACAUUA